CUAAUACCCUCCUUUCAUCCCUCAAAACACUAAACUCCAGUUUUUAGAUAAUUAUCUGCGAUCAAAACAAAAGAGGAAAUGCCGGGGCUAACCUGCAACGCGUGUAACAAAGAAUUCCUUGACAAUGCAGAUCAGAAGCUCCAUUACAAGUCUGAAUGGCAUCGCUACAAUCUCAAGCGCAAGGUAGCUGGAGUUCCUGGAGUUACGGAAGCUCUAUUUCUGGCAAGACAAUCGGCACUUGCUCAAGAGAAACAAAAGCAGAAUGAAACCCCAAUGCUUUAUAGUUGUGGUGUUUGUGGCAAGGGCUAUCGAAGUUCCAAGGCUUAUUCCCAGCAUCUCAAGUCACGUGCCCAUAUCAUGCAAGCUUCUCAAGGAACCAAUCACCCUCAAGAGGAGAAGGCAAUUAUCAAGCCACUUCCUCGUCGUGCUGUAAACAAACCUCCCCAACCAAGGGAUAGAGAUGAUGAGGAAAGCGAAGAUGAAUGGGAGGAAGUUGAUCCAGAAGAAGAAUUGGUUGGUCAGACUGCAAAUUCUGUACGCCAUUUGAAUGUAACCGAGCACGGUGCUGGUGAUCAGAUGGAAGAAGAUGAAGAGGAGGAGGAGGAGGAGGAGCUAGAUCCGUGCUGCUGUUUUAUGUGCGACCUUGAGCACAAUACAAUUGAAAGUUGCAUGGUUCACAUGCAUAAGUUACAUGGUUUCUUCAUUCCUGAUAUUGAGUAUUUGAAGGACCCAGAAGGCUUGCUCACCUACCUAGGCCUUAAGGUUAAGAGGGAUUUCAUGUGUUUGUAUUGCAAUGAAAGGUGCCAUCCUUUUGCUAGCUUAGAAGCUGUUAGGAAACAUAUGGAAGCCAAAGGUCAUUGCAAGGUGCAUUAUGGUGAUGGUGAUGAAGAUGAGGAAGCAGAGUUGGAAGAAUUCUAUGAUUAUAGCAGCAGCUAUGUGGAUGAGACUGGGAAGCAGUUGGUUGCCGUUGGUGACAUGGGCAACUCUGUAGAACUUGUUGGUGGCUCGGAGCUUGUUAUAACCAAAAGAACUGAUGGGGGAAUAACAAGUAGAACACUUGGUUCCCGAGAGUACUUGCGCUACUAUCGCCAGAAACCUCGUCCAUCACCUGCAAAUAACAUGGCCAUUACAACUGCCCUGGCCUCUAGGUACAAGAGCUUGGGUAUAGCAACCGUGCAGUCAAGAGAGCAAAUAGUGAGAAUGAAAGUGAUGAAAGCCAUGAAUAAAAAGGGUGUGGAUGCAAUGCGUACAAAAGUUGGUAUGAAGAAUAAUGUCAUUCGUAACUUGCCCAAGAAUGUCCCAUAUUAGUUCUAACUCUCAGCACAUUAGCUUAUCUUUUUCGGUAUUAUAUUAUAUUGUAUAUGCUGAGAACCACUUUUGCUUGUGCCGAUCCUAGUAAAAUCUUAAAUUUUAUGUAAAAGCCGUUUGAGAUGAAAAUGAAAUUAGUUGGACUCGCAUGACGUCUACAAUUUGGU